CCUUAGCGAAAGACAGCCCUCCUGUGGAGCCUGGACUGCUAAUAGCUGAAGAAAUUUCUUGGAAGUCUCUGAAGCCACGAAACCUUGUUCUGAAGAUUCACACACAUGCCACCAAGGCCAUGAUGGUGCGUCUGCCUGUCGGGAGACACAUGCUGCUCUUCACUGCCCAUUCCCCAGUGGGACAUGCCAUACACGUCUGCAGCAUGGUGACUUUUGUCAUCGGGGAUGAAGAUGUUGUGCUACCUAACUUCGAGCCGGAGAGCUACCGAUUUGUAGAGCAGUCUAUAACAAUUCUGAAAGCUGUUGGAAGUGUGAUUGCAAAUUUCAAAGAUAAGCGUAAAUUUUCUGCAGCUAUGAAGGACCUGCAAGCAGCUCACUAUCCUAUCCCCCUCCACAACAAAAAACUCACUGCACAGCACUUCAGGGUUUUCCACAUUUCUUUAUGGCGUUUAAUGAGAAAAGUUCAAAUAACAAAGCCUCCUACAAACUUCAAAUUUGCAUUUCGUGCUAUGCUUUUGGAUAUGGAGUUACUUGAUUCCUCCUUCGAGGAAGUUUCUUUAGCCGAAUGGGUAGACUUGAAAUGUUCUGUGCCAACAAUGGAGAGAGAGUACUCUCCAGAAGGAGUAGCAGCAGCAGUUAAAAUCCAAUCUAUGUGGAGAGGGACCUAUGUUAGGCUCCUCAUGAAAGCCAGAAUGCCAGAAACAAAGGAAAAUAUCAGUGUUGCAGAAACUCUUCAAAAAGUUUGGGCGAUAUUGGAACUGAACAUGGAACAGUAUGCACUUUCUCUCUUAAGACUAAUGUUUAAAAGCAAGUGUAAGUCUAUGGAAUCCUAUCCAUGUUAUCAAGAUGAAGACACUAAGAUUGCUUUUGCUGACUAUACAGUGAACUAUCCAGAUCAGCCACCAAAUACGUGGUUUAUAGUAUUCAGAGAAACAUUUUUGGUUCCUCAAGAUAUGAUUUUGCUCCCCAAAGUGUACACUACUCUUCCGGUCUGUAUGCUUCACAUUGUCAAUAACGACACCAUGGAACAGGUGCCAAAGGUGUUCCAAAAAGUAGUGCCUUAUCUUUAUACCAAGAAUAAGAAGGGGUACACAUUUGUGGCUGAAGCAUUUACUGGUGAUGUGUUCGUGACAGGCUCACGAUGGAAACUGUGCCUCAUUGGCUCUUACACUCCACUCCCAUGCCUCUCCAGAGACACUCCAUCCAAUACCUUCGCCAUAAAGGAAAUCAGAGAUUACUACAUACCCAAUGAUAAGAAAAUUUUAUUCAGGUAUUCCGUUAGAGUGGCUUUAGUACAUCCUGUUACCAUACAGGUACGCACAUCCAAACCAGAUGUCUUCAUCAAGCUGCAGGUAUUAGAAAGUGAAGAAGCUAUGGUGAGCUCUAUCGGAAAAGGGCAAGCUAUAAUCCCAGCAUUUAGCUUCUUGGGGAGUGAAAAGGUGCUGAGCUCCCAGUCUAGCAAACAAAUUCUUUCAUUUCAUAUGCCAACCAGAAGAGACCCCGAACUGUCUCCUAAGAAGAAAGCUACCCUGGGAAGUCAGAAAUCCAAUAAGGGUAGACCUGGAAGUGCGAUAGCAGACACAGCUCUGAGUCUGUUGGAGGAGGAUGUUAUCAAUAUCCCCACUAUAGAAGAAAAUUCUAGCACACCACAACAGUGCUACAAGUAUAUUAUACAGUGUUUGGUGUUGAAUAACAGUUGGCCUCUCACUGAAAAUCAGCAGACAUUUGUUCAAGCACUAAAAGACUUAGAGAAAAAUGAUAUCAAAGCUCAUGUGGAGAAACAUGAGGAACUAAUUUACAUGGGAAGCCCAGAUUCCCAUACUAUUAGUGAGGGGCAAAAAUCUGCAGGGACUUCUAAAUCAACAAGGAAAGGCAAAGAAAAGUCUGCAGAGAGAGAAAGGACAGCUAAAGAAAAGCAAGGACCUCGCUUUGAGCCUCAGAUACCCACUGUUCACUCUCAACAAGAAGAUCCGAACAAACCCUACUGGAUUUUGAGGUUGGUCUCUGAACCCAGUGAAUCAGAAUACUUUGAAGUGAAAAAAGAUACAGAGCGAGCAGAUGAGAUCCGAGCCAUGAAACAAGCCUGGGAGACCACGGAGCCAGGAAGAGCGAUCAAGGCUUCUCAGGCUCGUUUGCAUUACCUCAGCCAGUACAUUAAGAAACCAAGUGAUACCCCCGAGAGUGUAUCUGCUACUGAAAGUCAAGCAAAAUCUGUGGAAGAAGGGAGCAUGCUGUGGAAGAAGUUCCAAAUGUCCAGGGGCUUUAAGGAUCUGGCAAAAGCCAUGACCAGCGAAAGUGGGAGCACAGGGAAGGAAGAGCGAGAGCAGAGUGCAUGGAAAGAAACCAUUGUGCCCCGUUCAAGAACCCCAACAAUUUUGGAAACAUCUCCACGACUCAUUCGAAAGGCACUGGAACAUGUGAACAUAAAUCAAUAUGUACGGAAAACAAAAGAUGAAGCUCUGUUGCAGACAGACGAACUGAAUCAGCAGCAAGCAAUGCAAAAGGCAGAAGAAGUUCACCAAUUUCGUGAACAUAGAACCAGAAUCCUUAGUGUUAGAGACAUUGAUCAAGAAGAACGGUUUAAGUUAAAGGAUGAAGUUGUCAACAUGUAUGGGGAAAUGAGGGACUCCUUAGAUGAAGAGCGAGAGAAGAUUUUUAACGUCCGUGAAGAGUACAGAAACAAGCUGCUGGAAGACGAGCGCCUACGGCUGGAAAUGCUGGCUGCUCAGGAGGCAGCAAUGAAGGCCGAGACAGAAAAGAAGAGCCCUCCUGACUCACAGAAAAAAAAGAAAGGAAAGAAAAAGUAG